GUUCGUAUUUUCAUCAGGAAUAGGCUCGUGACGAGAUUCGUGAUUCUCUCGUUGCAAUUAUUCAUUCGUUCGCGAACGGGAACGAGAAUAAAAAACGACAACCGAGCGGCGAUGAAUCGUGAGAGAAUACCAUUGCUGUAUAAAGACAUUAAUUCUGGUUUAUCGUUGAUUUUUGCGACCUUGUGCAUCGUCGAUAUUUUCGGAGUAUUUCCCAUCAUCGCUUUACCUCGCGCUAUCGUACAAUGCGGUUUACUCGGCAUUCCUCUUGUUCUCGUAGUUUUUGGUCUGCAGAUUUAUACCGCUGCACUUUUGGGAAAAUCUUGGAUUAUUGCGAGCAGCAUAGAUCCCCAAAUAUCACGAAAAAAUCGAUAUCCUCUGGCAGCCGUAACGGAAUUGACUCUUGGUCCUCGUGUACGAACUUUGGUAAAUCUUCUCCUCGAUUUUACGGUUUUCGGUUGCGGAAUUCCGAAUCUCUUGGUUGCGUCGCAGAAUUUGCAGAUUUUCGGCCUGAAGAUAUCCUCGAAUAAUUUCAAUCUUUCUUUUUGUUACUGGCUUUUGGUCGUCGGUGUAUUUCUUUGUCCUCUCAUGUGGUUGGGAAGUCCUCGUGACAUGAAAAUAUCGUCGUUUUUCAGGUGGUUGGCAGUAUUUUCUUCCGCCGCGGUAGGAUUCACUGCUAUUUUGAUAUGGUGGUGCAUUGUAAUUGAUGAUCGAGUUUUAAGUGUCGCACCCGUACCGACUUCACCAACCUGGGAUAAAUUCAUUUCUGGUUACGGAAUGUUGGCUUUUCAGUUCGAUGUUCAUCCGACCUUGAUGACCGUACAAGUCGACAUGCGACAGCCCCGUGACAUCGACAAAGCUGUAAUACUUUCAUUUUUCAUCAGUGGGUCGUUGUUCGGUGUGACAGCCGGUCUUGCGGUAUGGCGAUACGGAGCAAGUACAACGGCAAAUAUUCUUCAAGUAGUGGAUUCUGGUUAUGCGAUCCGAGCUGCGAUUUUAAUUGCGGCCCUUCAAUUAUGUUUCUCUAGUGCUAUAGGCCAUUCGGCUCUGUUCCAGAAUUUGGAAGAUCGAUUGCGCGUCAAUAGAUCUUUUGGUUGGAAACGGUGCGCCAUGAGAUCAGCAGUUGUAUUCCUCGGAGUGGCGAUCGGAGAGUCGGUACCGCGAUUCGAUAUAGUGAUGGCAUUGAUAGGUGGCACCCUAACCGGCCCAUUAGUUUUCAUUCUACCACCCUUGAUAUAUGCUCGUGCAAGAGCCCUGAAGAACCGGCUAGUUUCGCGCUCACCGAAUCUCGAGAUCGUUUCACCGACUCAGCGUUGCUCAGCCAGUCAAACGUUUAUUACCGAUCCAAGAAUUCAUUCGCAAUCUGUUUUUCACGCUUUCAUCAACGACGACAAUGUCAAUCGAAAUGGUUAUUCGUACGUUUAUUACGACGACGACGACGACGACGACGACGAUGAUUCACCGGAUGGUUUAUCGAGUGAACUUGAGAACGAAAGAAGCAUCGUCAAAGAUCUUGGACCAACGACUACUGAAAAAGCAGAGUUAUCUCAUCCAAGAUUUGUCGAUGCUUCAAAACCCGAGAAAAUUCUCCGUAUCAAAAGUAGUGUCAAACAUUUAGAAAAUAGCGCGCAUGAAAAUCGAAAAAUCGACUUUCAUCGUUUCCUCGACUGGUUCGGAUAUUUCAUUGUUGCCAUUGGUAUUAUUAUAACUAUUUCAUCUACUUAUAUAAAUAUUAAAAAUACCAUUAGGUAUGUCGAUUUUACACCACCCUGCAUUAUCAAUGCUACCGUUGCUGCCAAUGUCUUGGGUCUUGCGUGAUUCUUAUUACACAAUUUAUUCCACCAAUAUGUAUACAAUGAUGCUCGUGAUCGCGCGCGAUCGACCCUUUUACACUUUUAUCAUACUAGAUGUUUCUUAUUCUCUUUUUUUACUUAAUUUCAUGAAAGUGAGACAUAAAUAUUCAUUAUCUAUAAUUUGCUUUAUAAUAAAUCUGCUUCUCAAUCUUCUAUGCGCUUCGCCGAUAUGGAAUAAAUCAUACACCGGUGAAAGAAAAAAAAAAUAUACACGGGAAAGGCGAUAUUAUAUUAUUAUGAUAAAACAGUUGCGAUCCAACAGCAUUAUUAUAUUAUCCCCGAAUGAAUCGCUCUUCUUCUUCCGCUCCUGCCGCCGCCCGCCCGCCCGCCUCAUCCUCAUACAUACGCAUCAUAUCAUCAUCGCAUGCGCGUAACAACACCCUAAUAAUUCGAAAUAAAAAAAAAAGGAUAUUGAAAAAUUUGAAAGUUUAGUUGACACACAAGAUGGAGUACUACAUACGUCAAUUAUUAAACGAAAAUCAUGAGGUCGUGAGAGGAAAUUAAUAAUAAUUUUGCGACGCGAUGGAUAAGCAUUGUCGGGAUACGAAUAUAUGUAAGCGAAUGAAUAAAUAUUGAAUUCGACUGGUG